GCAUAAUUCACAUAUGUCCAAACAUCAGAUAAACCAAAGACCUUCAAGUAUGGUCAGUGAAACAUCUACUGCAGUAACUACAUCCACUACAGAUAUAAAACUUGGAUCCAAGUUAGUAAAAUCUAGCAAUAAGGUUCAUAGCUUUGGGAAAAGGGAUCAAGCUAUAAGGAGAAACCCUAAUAUUCCUGUUGUGGUCAGAGGCUGGCUUCACAAACAAGAUAGCUCUGGGAUGAGAUUAUGGAAAAGAAGGUGGUUUGUGCUGGCAGAUUACUGUUUAUUUUAUUACAAAGGAGACUGCACUGAUUUUUCUUGGAUGGAUGAAAAUCUUAAAGGCACAUUGCUAGCUAUCCAUACAGGCAUGAGGGCUUAUAUUUAUAAUAAGAGUUCUGUUAUUGGCUCUCAGGCAGAACAUUCAGGGAUGCGCACGUACUACUUUAGUGCAGAUACUCAAGAAGAUAUGAAUGACUGGAUCCAUGCAAUGAAUCAAGCUGCUCUUAUGCAAAGCCAUUUUUCACCAAAGAGGCAAGUUCAC